AUGACUGAAGGAAAUACGUACCAAUUCAAGAUUGUGUUGCUUGGUGAUUCGAGUGUAGGGAAGUCGUCGAUUGUCCUGAGGGUUUGUAAAGGGGAGUACAAAGAAUUCCAGGAGAACACAAUCGGCGCAGCGUUUUUGACAAAAACCCUAAUAGUCGAUAAAGACACUAUCAAGUUUGAAUGCUGGGACACUGCUGGACAAGAACGUUAUCACUCGUUGACACCUAUGUAUUACAGAGGGAGUAAUGCUGCACUUGUGGUGUUUGACAUCACAUCAGACUCGUCAUAUGCACAAGCAAAAAAGUGGGUCGACGAGUUGAGAGAGUCGGCAAAUGACACGAUGAUAUUCUUAGUGGGAAAUAAGUGUGACUUGGAAGGCUCAAGGUCAGUGACAAAAGAGGACGCCGAGGCUUACGCACGAAGUAUUUCUGUCGACUACAUCGAGACAUCAGCAAAAAGCAACAUCAACGUGAGCGAGUUAUUUGACUUGGUUGCUCGCAAGUUGCCAAAGACUGAAAAGGGAUUGAUUGACCAAGACGAGGUUGUGAUUUCAAACCGCAACGGCCAGAAAAAAGGAUGUUGUUAA